CUCCCAAAACAUCACCAACUGUCACUGUUUUCCCUCUUUCCCCCUAUUAGAGCUGUGGUCAAGAGGAGAAAAGAACUCCCUUUUGAUAAUGUUAUCCAAAGAGAUACGAAGCUCAAAUUAGUCCUCAAGAUCCAGAAGAUUUUAGCUAGUCAGCCAGGGGUAAUGCCUCUUCGUGACUUGGGUAGGUUUAGAAGAGAAUUGGGCCUUAGACGAAAAAUAUGCUUUAUUGCGUUGCUUAAAAAAUUUCCAAGAGUUUUUGUGAUCGAGGAAGGGGUUUAUUCUCUCAACUUCAAAUUGACACCCGAGGCUGUGCAGCUUUACUUGGAGGAAUUGAAAGUUAGAAAUGAAGGAAUGGAGGGUUUGCUGGUAAUUAAGUUAAGGAAAUUGUUGAUGAUGUCCUUGGAUAAAAGAAUUUUGUUGGAGAAGAUUGCCCACUUGAAAACUGAUCUUGGCCUUCCUUUGGAAUUUCGAGACACCAUUUGUCACCGAUAUCCACAAUAUUUUAGGGUUGUUCAAACUGGACGAGGCCCGGCCUUGGAGUUGACUCAUUGGGAUCCUGAACUUGCUGUCACUGCUGCUGAGCUCGAGGAAGAAGAAAAACGUGAAAGAGAGUCAACGGAGAAAGAUUUGAUUAUUCACAGACCACCAAAGUUUAGUAGAAUAAACCUACCAAAAGGCCUUAAGCUUUCUAAAGGGGAAAUGAGAAGGAUUCAUCAGUUUAAUGACAUGCCUUUUAUAUCACUCUAUUCCGACUUCUCUGCUUUGAGGCCUGGUACAGCAGAGAAAGAAAAGCAUGCUUGUGCUGCUGUUCAUGAGAUGCUAAGUCUCACUGUAGAAAAGAGAACUCUAGUGGAUCAUCUUACUCAUUUUAGAGAGGAGUUCAGGUUCUCCCAGCAGCUUAGAGGAAUGCUGAUAAGGCACCCCGAUAUGUUCUAUGUGUCCCUAAAAGGGGACAGGGAUUCUGUUUUCCUUAGGGAUGCAUAUCGUGAUUCUCAUCUUGUUGAGAAAAAUAUAUUGGAAGAGAUGGACUUGGUUUUGUUUAAUUGAGGUGGAUUGGGUGUCUUAAUUACGAACAUGUGGUUGGAUCUGUAAUAAUUGAGUCACAACUCACAACCAAAACUUACUGUUUACAUGGAUAUAAUUUUCAAUGCCUGCUAUUGAAAGGCCAACAUUUUGACAUCUCUAAAAUCUACAAUCUGCAAACUGAAAUUAGAGUAAUUUCUGGUCAAAGUGCCUUGGUUUUUUAUUUUUUGCUAAAUUUUAGUGCAAUCUGCAUAUUAAACACAGGAGUACUAUUGUAAUUAUAUGCGUUGGUUUGUUAUGAAUUAUAUUUAAUCUAUGCAGGAGUACUAUUUAUAACCAGAAAUUAAUUACAUUUGUUUCAUGCAACAAACUGAUUGUAUAUUAUAUUGUUUGUAUG